AUGGCAAAUGAUUUAGGAGAAUUGUCAAAUAAACAAAAUGGUUAUAUGAAAAAUGAGAUAAAUAAUGAGAUAAAUAAUGAGAAAAAUAAUGAGAUAAAUAAUGAAAUAAAUAAUGAAAUAAAUAAUAAAGUGACUGAUAAAAUAAUUAAAGAUAUAAAAAAUGACAUUGUGAGAAAUAAUAUGGUUAAAGAAGAAAAUAAAUAUAUUAAUAAAACACAUAAUGAGGAUAUUGUUAAUUCAUUAUGUAAUAAAAAAAUUGAACCAGAUAAUAAUAUAGAAAAAAAAUCUGGUGACGAAGAAUGUGAAACAUUGUGUAAACAAGAGUUUAGUUUAAAAAAUGUAUUACGUAAAAGAUUUUUAAAAGGCAAAAGUGAUAAAUGUGAUGAGAAUGAUAAUAAAUAUAUGAAUAAUAAUAGUAAUAAUAAUAUGAAUAGUAAUAAUAAUAUGAAUAGUAAUGAUCAUAAUAAUAAUAACAAUGAUGAUGAUUUUUAUACUUGUACUAAUGGGUCUAUUGAUAAAGAUAUGAAUAAAAAUGAUAAGAAUGUAAAAAAUAAAAAAGCAAAAGAAUGCAUAAAUAAUGAAGAGAAGAUACCUUCUGAAGUUGAAUGUGCUAUAUGUAUGAAAUUAUUAAUUGUUCCAGUUACCAUACCAUGUGGUCAUAAUUUUUGUAGAGAUUGUAUAGAGAAAGCAAAGGAAUAUAAAAAUUUGUGCCCAUUAUGUAGAUCUAAUAUGGGUGAUAAAAAGAAUAUUAACCUUUUAUUAGGAGAAUUAAUAAAACAAAAAUAUCCUUUAACAUAUUCAAAAAGAUUAGAAGAAAUUGAAAAUUUGAAAUUAGAACAAGAAAAAAAAGUAAUAAAAGAAAGAAUUAAUGCUAUUAAUAAUUCAUCUAUUAUUCCAAUAUUUAAAGCACCAUUAAUAUUUGGUCCAUAUUUCCCAGGAGAAGUUUUUGAUAUCAAUAUUUAUAAUAAACGGUUUAUAGAUUUAAUAUAUUUUAUAUCUAAUGAAGGUACCUUUGCUAUUACAUCAAGCAAAGAAAAAAAUGAUGAAAAAAAGUUAUAUGGAAUACAUGUUAAAAUAUUAGAACAAAAAAAAAGUAAUCAAGUUUUCUAUUUAAAAUGUAUAGCCAAUUUUAGAGUACUCUUAUAUAACAUAACCCUUUUUACAGAUUAUGCAAAUUUUGUGGGAUUGCAUUCUCCACUUUUUGAUGAAAACAUACCAAUCAAUUUUUUAACUUCUCAUAUUAUAAAUAAUACAAAUGUUCAUACAGAUAGUACAAAUAUAACAUAUAGUAAUGAUAACAAAGAACAAGAUGUUGCUUUGUGUAAUAAUACUAAUAAUGGAGGGAAAGAAAAAAUUGAAGACUUAAAAAAAUUAUUAUAUCAAAUAGAAGUAGAAGAAGAUAUUAAUUUAAUUUCUUACUAUUACGAACAGUAUAAAAAUAUAACAACCAUGACAGAACUGAUAGACAACAACAAUAAUAAUAGUAAUAAUAGUAAUAAUAAUAAUAAUAGUAAUAAUAACAUAUCAAAUACUGUUAAAUAUUAUUCUUGUAUUUUAUUAUCCAAAAUAUGUUUAUUAUGUAUUAAAAAUCAACUUAAUCGCUUUGGAAGUGCAGGUGUUAUGUUAUUUAAUACAAAAUUUAGAAAUAUAAAAUUAACUUCUUCUGAACCCUCAAAUGAAGAAUUAGAAAAAUUUUCUUAUUCUUUAAGUUGUGCUAUUAUUUCAAGAUCUGCACUAAAAUGGAAAUGGUUCAAAAUUACAGAUACAUAUGAAAGAUUAGAAAGUAUAACACAAUAUUUUUUAAAAAAAAAAAAUAAAAGUAUUCUUGCCUUAGAUAAUUCAAGAUCUCCAUUAAUACAUAGAUUCUUUAUGUUAGAUUCCAUAUCUUCUUCUUUAAUUAUACUUGUUUUUUUUUUAAUUAUCAUUUGUAUAAAAUAUUUUAUAUAUUAA